AUGAUUAUUGUCACCGGCGGUGGGGGCUUUGUCGGUUCAAACAUCAUCAAGGAGUUGAACAACCGGGGUGUGACCAAUAUCUUGGUUGUUGAUGACAUGACUGAUGGAUCCAAGUUCCGCAACUUGGUGAACUGCAAGGUGGCCGACUACAUCGAUGCGGCAGCUUUCUGUGAAUCCAUUCGGACCAAAACCUUUCUCCAUCGCCCCCGCGUCAUCUUCCAUUAUGGUGGAAUCUCCUCUAUCACCGAAACCAACGGCAAGAAAAUGCUUGACGCCAACUUCACCUACUCCAAGGAACUCUUCCAUUGGUGCAAGAACCAGGGUGUACGCUUUAUCUACGCCUCGUCCGCCGCUGUUUACGGAAACAAAACCACCUUCACCGAGGGAGACGCCCAAGAAGCUCCUCUGAACGUUUACGGAUACUCAAAGAUGCUGUUUGAUGAGUAUAUUGUCAAGAACACCGACGCCCGCUGCCCCCAAAUCGCUGGUCUGCGCCUCUUCAACGUCUACGGACCCGGCGAACAGCACCGAGAUGCAAUCCCCAGCACUGUCUACCAGUUUUACCAAAAGCGCAAAUCAUUCAAAGCCAUUGAACUGUUCGGUGAAUACGCCGGGGUCGAAGCUGGACAACAGAAGCGCGACUUUGUCCACGUCGAGGACGUCGCCCGUCUGAACUGUUGGUUCCUCGAUCACCCAGAGAUCAGCGGUAUCUACAAUGUCGGCACUGGUAUUGCCAGCAGUUUCCACGAUGUUGCUAUAGAAGUUGCUAGCCAUUUCGGCAACCCUGAGGGUUACAUCAAAUUCAUUCCUUUCCCACCGGAACUGAAAGGCAGAUACCAAAGCUUCACCUGCGCCGAUAUCUCGAAGCUCCGUCGGGCGGGUUCUGUGCUGCGUUUCCGAGGCAUCAAGGAAGGGAUUAAGGAUUACAUGGAGUGGCUUGAGAGUCACGAUGGCUUGGAUCGCUGA